UCGAUUCUGAAGAGGGAUGAGGUUCUCCAUGAUUUAAUACCUGAGAAACCUUCAUUCAUUUACAGAAAACCACCCCCAUUGAGAAUGAAGUUAGCAAAAAAUAUCCCAGAUAUUCCGAAGAAAAAGGCAACUUUUUUGGAUACUGUGUGGGGUUUUAUAAAUGUAAUAGGUGUAUGGCAUGUAGAAAUAUGAGAGGAGAUACUAAGAGGAGAUAUGAUUCGUUUCAUUCUUGCUCUACGGGUUCCUCUUAUAAAAUAAAUAAUUUUAUAUCUUGUGAUAGUUCCUUUGUUACGUAUUUGUUGGAAUGCUCUUGUCACCUUCAAUACGUAGGUAGAACUUCCAGGAAAUUGUCGGUGAGAUUAGGUGAACACAUUAGAGAAAUAUUAAAAAAGGAUAUAAAUAUCAUAGUCUUUCCUAUCAUUUCAGAAUGUGUCAUAAUAGGGAUCCAUCGUGUUUGAAAUUCUGCGGGAUUGAUCGGAUCUUUUCCCAUUGGAGGGGAGGAGAUAUGGUUAAGAGUAUCUCGCAGAAUGAAACAAAAUGGAUCUUUCAAUUGGGAUCUUUGUACCCUAAAGGGUUGAAUUCGGACAUAGACAUUAAUUGUUUUUUGUCUAAUUGGUAA